AAUGCCGCCCCGUAGAGCCCCACCCGCAGAGCGGGAUCAGUCAGUAGUCGCAGCCCAGUUCCGGACUUACGCCCCUCCGGUGUUCACUGGAGAGGAGGGCCCGUUGGCCGUAGGAGACUGGAUCCGCAAGAUGGAUCGUAUUUUCCGGAUGAUGGGCAUAUCCGACCAGCACAUGGUCUCUUGUGCCGAGUUUCAGAUAGAGGGUGCGGCCGGCGACUGGUGGGACGAUUACUGGCGUCUCAGGACAGCUGAUGACCGAGACCAGCUGACUUGGGAUCAGCUUAAGGGGAUUUUGGAAACCAAGUACUACCCUCGCCACUUUCGCGAGAGGAUGGAGCGAGAGUUCUAUGACUUGCUUCAGGGAGACCGUUCGGUUGAGGAGUACGAGCGGGAGUUCGCUCGUAAGAGCACCUUUGCACGUCAUCUUGUGGACACCUACGACAAGAAGGCCUCCCUUUUUCGCAACGGCCUGACCAGAGACCUUCGAGUGCUCGUAGCCAACCAUGGCUAUUUGACUUAUGCUGAGACCGUUGAGCGAGCCCAGCAGAUUGAGGCAUCCCAGCUGCUAGACACUCCUGCACAGCCACUAGCUCAAGUGGCACCACUAGCCAGACAGCCAGCUGCCGUCCAGCCAGCCCUGCCAGCGCCACCUCAGCAGGCGCAGCACCGAAACAAGAGGAAGUGGAGAGGUCGCGACGAUAGGAGGAACCGUCGACCAGGAGCCCCAGCUCAGGCAGCACCACCGGUCCCGCAGCCCCCAGCUAUUUGCGCUACUUGUCAGCGCGCCCACCGGGGAGA